AUGGCGACCGUCGCUGCCGUAUCGACGCAGCGCUCCUUUGCGCGGCGUGGCCGGUGGCGGCGGCGACGACCCGCUCCCGCGGCGCGAGCGCCUGCCGACUGUGGCGGCGCCAGCGCCUUGCCGCCGCUAUCCGAGCUGCUGUGGUCGGUGCGAGGCGCCUCGCCGCCUCUGACCGGCGAUGCUGAGCUCGCGGGCGCCUUCGACGGGCUGCGGCUCGACGAGGUGCUGCGGCUGCGCGAGGGACUCCCGCGGCUGGCGGCGGCGCUCGACGGCGGCGAAGAGGAGAUGCGGGUGUGCUACCUGGGCGGGUCUGUGACGGAGCAGAAGGCGGGGUACCGGCCGCUCGUCACCGCGUGGCUCCGAGCCGCCGCGGCCGGCUCGUGCCGCGUCGAGGAGGUCCCCGCCUUUUGCGGCAACUGCGGCUCAAAGGUGCUCGCCUUCAUGGUUGCAGACUGGGUCUGCCGCGCGGGCCGCAGAGGGAGGGCGUGGAGAGGCCGCUCGUCACGCGAUGCGGUGUGGACAGGCGACACGCUGCUCGAGACGGGGGACGCCGACGGCAUCGGCUCCGCCCUCGAAGGCAUCGUCCGGCACGUCCGCGACGCUCUGCCCCGCAGCGAGAUCUGCCUGCUGUACAUGUACGUGCGCGACGACCUGCCCCUACACCUACGCACCGGGUCAAAGGCCUGGGCGGACAACACGGACGCGGCGGCGGCCGCCACGCACACGCAGCUCGACAUGAACCCGCUCGCGAAUGGCGAGCAGCGGCCGUGGUGGCUACUGCAGCUGCUCGACCGCUGGUCCUACUUUUGGCGGCUGGCGGUGGUGCUGCUGGUGGAGGAGAUGCCUCCGGGCGAGCACACCGCGGUGCUGCGCCUCGAGCCCGAGGUGCCCGACCCGCCGCACUGGGAGGCCUUCCGGCGGGAGGGCAAGGCGCACAAGCUGUGGCUGAUGCAUUGGCUCGUCGAGGAGAGCAGCGAGCUCGAGAGGGCGUUCUGGGAGGAGUUCAUCACAUCUAGGCGAAGCGAGGAAUGUGAGGACGGCAUAAACAAAGAGAACAUCUCGCGGAGAGAUGGGCGACGCACGAACGAGGGAAUCAAAUUCUUUAUGCUCGCUCGUCUUGCAAUGUCGGCCGCCAUCACCGACGCCCAUCUGCCCACUCUCGCUCAGCCCGACAGCGACCCGCGUAUCUGGCUCGAGGACGUCACGGGCGAGGAGGCCCUUGCAUGGGUCAAGGCACGAAACGCAGCAGCGCUCUCCAGCUUUGGCAACCCGUCCGACUCGGCCACGUACUCUCGGAUCCUGGAGAUCCUGGACUCGAAGGCAAAGAUCCCGUACAUCGGCCGCGUGCUGAACGGCCUCUACUACAACUUUUGGCAGGACGAGACGCACGUCCGCGGCAUCUGGCGGCGGUGCACCCUCGACGAGUACCGCAAGGAGGAGCCCGCCUGGGAGACGGCGCUCGAUCUGGAUGCCCUCGGUGCGGCGGAGGGCGUCUCGUGGGUGUGGGGCGGCUCCAUCCCGCUCGACGAGGGGCCCACCGUCCGCAAGGAGCGGGUGAUGAUUCGCCUCUCGCGGGGCGGCUCCGACGCCACCGUGGUGCGCGAGUUCGACCUCGACGCAAAGGCCUUUGUCGCGGAGAGGGAGGGCGGCUUCGCGCUGCCAGAGGCUAAGUCGCGCCUCUGCUACAAGGACCGCGACACGCUGCUCGUCGGCGGAGAGGAGAUGACGGACAGCGGCUACCCGCGGACGGUGUACGAGUGGAGGCGCGGCACGCCACUCAGCGAGGCGACCAAGGUGUACGAGGGCGAGAAGAGCGACGUCGCCGUCACCGGCUACGCCUACCUCGACCGCGGGCAUCGGUACGAGCUGCGGUCUCGCUCCAUCACCUUCUACACCGAGGUGCCCGUCCCUGAGGACGCCGACAUCGAGACCUUCGCCGACCAGCUGCUGGCGUGGCUCGGGCACGAGGCGGGUGCUCUGCUCGCGGCGCCGCUCGAGCCCUUCCUCGAUGCGGACGGCGACGAGGCGCGGCGGUCGCUGCUGGUGCCUCUCUUCACCCCGACGGAGAGCUGCUCGCUCGAGGGUUCCUCCGCCACCAAGUCGCGCCUCGUGCUGAGCGUGCUGCAGGACGUCGUCAACGAGAGCCGCUUCUGGCGCUACGCGGCCGGCGCGUGGUCACUCGAGCAGACGGUCCGCUCCGAGGGGUACGCCGUCUCCUCCUUCUCCGCCGUCGACGCCGAGGCGGGCGACGCGGUCUGGACGACGACGUCGAGCUACACGCAGCCGACCGCGCUGUCGCUGGCGGACGCGGGCUCGCCGCUCGAGCAGGAGCCGCUCAAGUCGCUGCCCGCCUUCUUCAACGCCGACGGCCUCAAGACGCAGCAGCUCUUCGCCACGUCGGCCGACGGGACGAGGGUGCCCUACUUCCUCGUCAGCAAGGAGGGGCUGCCGCUCGACGGCUCGACGCCGACGCUGCUCUACGGGUACGGCGGCUUCGAGAUCAGCCUCACGCCGGGCUACUCCGGCGGUGUCGGCGCGGCGUGGCUCGAGAAGGGACACGCGUACGUGCAGGCGAACAUCCGCGGCGGAGGCGAGUACGGCCCUCGCUGGCACCAGGCCGCGCUCAAGGAGAAGCGCAACAAGGCGUACGAGGACUUCGAGGCGGUCGCACGCGACCUGAUCUCGCGCGGCGUCACCUCGCCCUCCAAGCUCGGCUGCCAGGGCGGCUCCAACGGCGGACUGCUCACGGGCAACAUGCUUGCGCGCCACUCGGGCCUGUUUGGCGCGAUUGUCUGCCAGGUGCCGCUGCUCGACAUGCGCCGCUUCCACAAGCUCCUCGCCGGGGCGAGCUGGAUGGGCGAGUACGGCGACCCAGACACGGACGACUGGUCCUUCCUGCAGCGCUACUCGCCGUACCACAACCUGGACGAGGCCACCGCCUACCCGCCCAUCCUCUUCACCACGUCGACGCGCGACGACCGAGUCCACCCCGGCCACGCGCGCAAGAUGGUCCACAAGCUGCUUGAGCUAGGCAAGGGGCCGUCCACACACUACUACGAGAACAUCGAGGGAGGGCACGGCGGCGCGGCGGACAACAAGCAGCGCGCCUUCAUGUCGACCCUCGCCUACGCCUUCCUCGAGCGGACCCUCGCCGGCGCGGCCGCCGGAGGGAAGAAGGGAUGCAAGUGGCACGCCGGAUUCGAUCACAUUGAUCUAUUUAUCAAAACGAACCGAGGCUGCCCGUCGAGGGUGAUUGCAUGGAACAACGGCUCGAGGGACGCCGUUUCCUCCGUGCUGCGCUCGUUUGGCACCGUGCGCAGCCUCGUUGUCGGGGCCUACGCGGAGGCGUCGGACGACCUGCACCAGCUGUUCGACUGUGUGGUGGAGUCGGCAUCCAAGCAGCACUGGAGGCGGAUCGGCGCGCGUAGCGCGAAGGAGGCGCGGUCCUACUUCGCUACGACGCCGCGGCGGGCGUGGGGCGUGCACUUUGCGCGCGAGUUCGCGCGGCACCGCAUCCGACGCGUGGUGUUCGUGGGGGCCCCGCGGCGACAGCCGGGCAGGCCCCUCGCGACAGCCGAUGGCGACUGGCCGGCGCUGUCGGCGGGCGAGUUUGCGGCGCACGCGCUGGCGUUGAUGAAGGCGGAGCAAGCUUCGAGUGCAGCCUCGUUUGGGUCGACAUGGAUCUUGGCUGGGUCGACGGAGUCCCAAAAGUAA